UAAACAUUCAUUUAAUAAGUAAAAGUCGCUUGUUUAACGAUUUUAUUAUCUAGAGACAUGCUGUAUGUUUAAAUUUAUUAAGACUUGCGCAUGUUCUAACCUCAGAAAAUAUUCAUCUCUAGGCCGAAGUUUCUGAGAGCCAAAAAACAAAUAAUAGUUUAUAUAAUAAUAGUGUAUUAAUAAAACAAACAACAAAAUGUUUAAUAGUAGUAAAUACACCAAAGUGCUGCAGAAAAUCAGACUGAAACACAUGUUAAAUCAUAGGAAAACUUUGCAUAAAAGUGCGCUUUCUGCUGAAGAAGUUGAUGUUCCUUUUUCAAAUGGGCGAAAUAUGAAAAUUUCAACUGGAAUGUAUGCAAAAAUGUCUGAUGGCUGUGCAGUUACAACUCUAGGUGACACUUCAGUAAUGGUAACAGCUGUAUCAAAAACAAAACCAUCACCAAGUUCAUUUCUUCCAUUGGUUGUUGAUUAUCGUCAAAAAUCCGCCGCAGCCGGCCGAAUUCCAACGAAUUUCCUCCGGCGAGAAAUGGGCGCUACCGACCGAGAAAUUCUAACAUCUCGUGUAAUCGACCGAUCAUUACGUCCUUUAUUUCCAGACGGGUUUAAUUUCGAGACACAAAUUAUCUGUAAUAUGUUAGCAGUUGAUUCCGUGAAUAAUCCUGACGUUUUAUCAAUCAACGCCGCAUCUGCAGCGUUGGCAAUCAGUGAUAUUCCAUGGAAUGGACCAGUUGGAGCAGUCAGGGUUGGUAUGAUCGACGGCGAAGUACUUUUUAAUCCCACACGAAGAGAACUCCAAGGAUCUUUGCUCAAUUUAAUCGUAACAGCAACGAAACAAAAUCUAGUUGUUAUGUUAGAAGGCAACGCGAAUAAUAUUCUUCUACAGGAUCUUCAGAAAGCUAUUAAAUUAGGCACGAAAGAAGCACAGAGUGUAAUUCAUUCUAUAGAAACACUUGCAAAAGUUACCGGUAAGAAAAAACGCGUUUUUGAACCGCCUGUGGAGUUAUCCAGUGAAAUUCUGGAAGCCUUACGGGUUUUAACCGAAAUGCGCGUGAGGGAAAUUUUUAUGAACACAACUUAUGAUAAACUUCAACGUGAUAAUGCUAUAAACGAUGUGCGUAAUGAUGUAAUGGAAAAAAUACGCGUAGAUUUUCCUAGUGUUGAUGCUACGUUGAUUGCGGAUGGUAUUGGUAAGAUUAUCAAAGCGGUAUUCAGAAAUCUAGUCUUAGAGGAUGAACUGCGUUGUGACGGGCGCCAUUUUGAUGAUUUGCGGAAUAUUUCAUGCCAGGUGAAUAUGUAUAAACCUUUGCAUGGUUGUUCUGUGUUUCAACGUGGGCAGACGCAGGUUUUUGCGACUGUUGCUUUGGAUUCACCUCAAAGUGCAUUGAAAAUGGAUUCAAUCGCCAUGUUAACAAGUGGUGUUAAAGAAAAGAACUUUUUCCUUCAUUAUGAGUUUCCGCCAUUUGCAACUAAGGAAACUGGCAGGGUAGGACCUCUAGGACGAAGGGAAAUUGGACAUGGUGCACUUGCAGAGAAGGCUUUGACUCCUAUAGUGCCUGCUGAUUAUCCUUUCACUAUAAGAUUAACUUCAGAGGUUUUAGAAUCAAAUGGAUCAAGCAGUAUGGCUACGGUUUGUGCUGGUUCCUUGGCUCUAAUGGACGCUGGUGUACCAAUUAGUGCACCAGCAGCUGGUGUUGCAAUCGGUCUAAUCUCAAAAUACGAUAAAGAAGAUACAAAACACAUGGAAGACUAUAAAAUCCUCACUGAUUUACUAGGAAUUGAAGAUUACAUGGGUGAUAUGGACUUUAAAAUCGCAGGAACCAGAAAAGGUAUAACUGCUCUUCAAGCAGACAUCAAAAUCCCUGGUUUACCCCUGAAAGUUGUCAUGGAAGCCCUCCAAAAAGCCACUGAUGCCAAGAGUAAAAUUUUAGACAUAAUGCAUGAUUGUAUUGAUAAACCGCGCUCUGAAAAGAAGGAUAACAUGCCUGUUAGUCAAAAAUUAGAAGUCGAAGCGCACAAACGCGCUAAACUAUUAGGUAUAGGUGGAAUUAAUCUGAAGAAAUUGUUCGUUGAAACUGGUGUGCAAGUAAAUCAAAUUGAUGACACCACGUUUGAAAUCUUUGCACCGAAUCAACACGCCAUGGACGAAGCGAAAGAAAUUAUUAAUAAGUUUUUGACUACGGAGAGGACACCAGAAUUGGAGUUUGGUGGUAUUUAUCCAGCGACAAUUGUUGAAUUGAGGGAUAUUGGGGUAAUGGUCACGUUGUAUCCAGGAAUGCCGCCUGCAUUGCUGCAUAAUUCUCAGUUGGAUCAACGAAAAGUGGCACAUCCUUCUGCUUUGGGGCUGGAAGUUGGCAAUGAGAUGCAGGUGAAAUAUUUUGGGAGGGAUCCUGUUUCCGGGUUGAUGCGGUUGUCACGUAAGGUAUUACAAGCUGCAGCGUGACAGAAAACAAAGAGUUCUGAAAUUCAUUGACUGUGUUCAUUAAAUAUUUUCAUAAAUA